UGCCACUGGGUUUGGUUGGGUCUCGGUCACUCUCUCGACACCACUAGGACCCGAACGACGAGUCGAGGACAAGGACGUGCAGGAGUGGAUGUCUUUGAAAGGCAGCAUGGGCGCCGUGCUGCGCUUCGGAAUUUGAUUGGAAGCAAGACUUCCCUCAAUUUGUGGAAUUUUGCGGGGAAUUUUGACGAGAUCGAAACGGAACGGCAUUUCAUUUCAUGUGCUUUGGUUCAAAAAUAGUAGUGUGCUGCAAAAUGUAGACGGAUGGUCGCAGACAGGAUUCAUACGCUAAGCUGAACAGCUGGUAAAAGAAACGAAGUCGGGGAAGGAGCACAAACAAGUGUAUAGUAUACUGGAGUUCGGCCUUACAGAGAUAAAUAAGAGGCAAGAUCGAUUUUUUAAAGAGCCCAGGGGUAUACAUUUUUAUGGGAUAUGGUUGAAUGUGGCAGCAGGAGUAUUCUCGAAGUCGGAAUUCUAGGCGUUUUGGAGAACUAGGACUCGCCUGAAAUCGCACGGCAACCAACAUGACUUCUCAUUUGGCUGCUCAACUCCAGGCAUUGGCUGUAGCCAAUGGUGCCUCUACGAAGGCCAAGCAAUCCACACGCCCAUCUCUGCUAUACCAUCCUUCCAAAGCAGCUGAUAUCGAUGUUCGCACCAUCUUCGAUGCAGCUGAAGCAGGUUUGGAAGAGCUUGUCCUUAUGGAUGGUCGCUUCAAAAUAUACCGGCAUUCGUUAUUCAACUCAAACAAAAUUUACGAGGACAGGGAACUGCAAACCAAAGAAGAAAACGAGAAGCUGGACACUCUUAUAUCUGCGUAUCUUCGAUUGUUAGCUGGCUACGUCCUUUUGACCCCGGCACAUAGCACACUGGAAUACCUCAUCAGACGAUACAAGAUUGAAGUCUAUAACGCAGAAGACGUGGUUCUAUGUGUUCUCCCCUGCCAUGAGACCACCUUGUUUGUGAGGAUAAUUCAACUACUUCACUUGAAAAAGACUCGCUGGCAUUUCUUGGACGCUCUGAAGGAAACAGGUGGACCUCCUCCCAGACAAUGGCUUGUAAAGAAAUGUACUUCGGACCUGUCAGUUUUGGAAGCUAUAUGUGACUCGGCCAUGUCUGUUUCAGCUUUAGCUGUAAAAGCGAAGACCAUAAUUUCUUUCACGUUCGUUGUCAUCAUUGAAACCCUGGCUGAAGUGCGUACGGUGACAUCUGAGAUAGUGAACAGGAUCCAACCCCUCAUAUUACACAGCUUGGACAAGAAAUUGGACGAGGACUACCGGGUUGGAGCUUUGAUGGUUGUUGGUGCAUUGGCAAAUAGGACUACGUUGUCGCAGUCAUUUGUUGAUGCAUUAUUUGAUCUCAUUGCCAGAGCUUUUGUGAGGGGCCUGAAGCGAGAUGGAGCUUCUCUUCUUCAGCUACAAAUUAUGGUCCUAAUUCAGCUGGUGCAGACUCAGGAAUUGGUGGCUUUCCCUUUGAAGGCAUUCAAAACUCUUGUGAAGACAAGAGAUUUUUUGUCCAUGUUGACUGAUCUUGCCAAGGUCUUUCACGCUCAAAAGUUUCUCAAGCUUUACGUUCAAGCUUUACUAGACCAUUGCUUGAUUAACGAGCAUUACGAGAUGGCUCUUGUUCAUGCCAUAAAUCUUCUUCCCUUGACCCACCAAGCGGAGACAAUGGUGGUGAAGCUUUUGGACCUUGGAUUCGGAAGCGAGGGAGAUGCUGACUCGUCAAAACUAAGGAACUUUGUCAAGAGGCUUAUACAAGCCGUCGAGACGCGAUAUCCUGUGGAACUGGACAAAGGAGUUAGUACCUUCUUUAGGAAUUCCAAACUCUCGACUAAGGAUAAGAAGGAUAGUCCACUUUUCGACUUCUUAACUCAAAUUUUCCGAGGCAGUCUACGUUCUCCUCUUAAGGAGUCGAAUAUGAGCCUGUAUCUUUCUAUCGAUCAUCCACAGGCUCAAAUCAGAGAGCUUGCCCUCAAGAAGCUCUCUGAACUAGCUGCAGCAUCAAGCCCAGACGAGCAAGGAGAGAUGAACACUGUCUUGCGAGAGGCUUAUAUGCGUCGUCUUAGUGAUGAUAACUAUAACAUUUUACGGGCUGUUAUAUCUGCCGACGAUCUCGUUAAGCUUGUUCCAUCCGAGCGACUCCUACACUCGCUUUCAUCUAUCCUUGGCACAUGCUCUAUGAAAAUAUCUGAAGGCAGCGAUUCGUCGACUAGUGACGUGAAGUCUAUAGCCAAGAAGACAGUCCAUCUUCUUGCGACUCGGUUUUUAGAACAACACCCGAGUUACGUGGAGGCCGUUGGUCUUGUUUUUAUGGACCACCUGCUUCAAAAUCCAAAGACGCGGAGACUCAACAAGUACGUGUUGGAGGCAGCUGGGACAUUAAAUUUUUCAUUCUUCAAGAACUUGUCGAAAGUUCUCGAGCAAACACCUUUCCAAAAUGAGAAGGAAAACAUGAAAGCCAAGGAGAAGGUGGAGAAGCAAAAGGAAUGGAUUGCAACUGUCAAUCAGAAGAUAGUCAAAUGUUUGGCGGUACGAGUCAGUAAAGAACCGAAUACUUUCGCGCCUUUCCUUCUCAGAUCGAAUAUGAGUGACGAUUCAAAAGUUCUCGCGGUUCUCGUUCUUCUUCAGUGUUUUCACAAACACACGAAAGAUAUCACUCCAAGUUUUGUCGAAACUUCUCUACGGUGGCUUAGAGAUGAGUGGACAAGUGUAGGUUCUCGAAUAUCGUCACCAGUGCCGGAGCUUCAAAAGAUCGACUAUUCUGCAUGGCAAGAUGUAUUCUAUGUACCUGAGUCUAGCUCAACGUAUGUAUAUAUGGAGCUUUUACUUCGUGCUUUGCACAGCUUAGUCGUAUGUGUGCCUAUCACCACCGAUGUGAACUUAGAGAAGGACGGUGGAAUCGGCCAAGAUACCAGAAAUGAGCUCUUUGUUUUCUUUGCCGGAUUCUCUUCUGUGAAAAUCUUCAUCCCUCACAUUGAGCUCCUUCUGAGCUGCCUACCUGCCCCAGAUACUUUCACAUUUUUGUCUAAGUUCUUCAUCUCGGAAGGAUCAGCUGUUCCUGCGUUCGUCCAAGUUCAUAGUUUGGAUGUACUAGCUUCUCAGCUUCUGAACUGCUCAAGCAAGUUGAAGGGGUCUGAUGGCAUAUCGGUUAAUCAUCUUGAAGGCAUACUUCCCUCGUUGCUAGUGGCAUUAUCUAGUCCGCUUAAGGCUGUCCGUACCAGUGCCAUUAGGUGCUUGGAAAAUCUACUUAUUACAUGGGACAAGCUGGGUCAACGAGGGAAGAAAGGACUGAAGAAAGCACAAUCCGCUUUCCUGGAUCCUGCCACAUUUGGAAAUGUUAUCCGAGCUUUGGUGGCAGCAAGAGAAACCUUUAUUGGGAGUGGAACUUCUCUUGGUCAGUUUCUCUCUGAGAAAUUCGGUCCCAGCCAAGGUUCGGCUAUGGAAAUGGACACGAAAGGGAAUGGAGAUGCAAGCCACCAGUCAGUCGUGUGCUUCCUCGUCGAUCAUACCUUCCGUCUGCCUGUGCAUGCCCAGCGAGUGAUAUUUUCAGCUCUUCAAGGAAUUGCACACGGUUCUGAGCUCGUUAGUGCAACUCAUGAGAGAUUCAAACAACUCGUGGAGUGUCGAAAGCUCUGCCAUCUGCAAAAUCCUUCGGAAGGAACAUUUGAAAAGCUAACACAGGGCGAAGUUCAACUUUUGGAAGUUUUAGUUCAAAUGUAUACACCUGAAGUAAUCCUUGAUGACGAUAAAUUCAUACCUGCGUUCCUCGAAACUCUUCUGAUCGAAGGAGGAUCUUUACUAGACGCUGCUGUAGUACAACCAUGCUUUGCAGCGCUGAAGUGCUUGAAGCCAAAUUUCUACGCUGCUCUCAGUAGUCCAUCACAGGAUUUGGUGUUUCAAUCUCUCAUCAACCUGUCCACUAUCGACAAUGAAGUACUUCGCUCUGAAGCGCAUUCUGUACUCAGAGCAAUCAAGAUCGACGCGACAACGGUAGCAAGACACGUAGGAUAUUUAUUGAAAGAGGAGCCUAAGCCAACCGUUGUUGCGAGAAAAAAGAAGAGAAGUAAAGUGGUGGAAUCUUCACCCUCUCAAUGCGAAAAUUGGCCUCUUAAAGGCCGUUUGCAAAGUAGCACGUCUUCUAUCUUGGAGCUUCUUCUGUGGAAGUCGGACAUGCACGGAAGGCAAGUACUCGUCUCUCCUUUGUGCAAACUUUUGAGGAGCAUCAUCAGCGGAGUGUGGCCUGUUUCGAGCAAUGAAGAAGACGCUUCCAUGGAGGAAGCCGCUGCAAAGAAAGAGCGAGAUUCAGCUCAAGCUGGGACUGUUAUAAAUAUACAUCACCUUUUGUUGAUGAUCUUGGAUUUUAUAGCACGAGACCUCGUUUCUAAAGAGGACAAUUCGAAGGACACUACAAAUCAGACUGGAUUCGAUGUUGAUGCGGUUGUUGUCUCUGUAAACAAGGCAACAGAUGCAGCAACAAGAAAUUAUGCCCUUGCCUUACUCACCUCGUUAGGAAAAUUAAUACCUCAAGAAGUUUUGAAGCACGUGAUUGACAUCCUCGGAGUAGUCGGGGAGUCGAGUGUAACGCAGGAUGACAGUCAUUCGCAUGAAGUCGUUUCGCAAAUGUUGACAGCUGUUGUACCAGUUUGGUUAGCCGUGGAGAAAGAUCCAACAGCACUGCUGCAGGUAUUUGUGAAUGCCCUGCCAAGAGUUCCACCCCAUCGGAGGAUGACCCUGGUUACAAAUCUUCUCAGAGUGACAGCAGUCGAAGAGAGCCUGCACAUCUUCGUCUACCUACUUUUGCGACAAGCGACUGUACACGAUAGUUUGCAGAUGGAGUUUGGAGCAACUUUGUGCAGACAUUACUCUUUGGACGCAAGACUCCCUGCCAUGGUCAAGCUGUUGAGUAUGGUUAAGGUGGAUAAUAGAAUGGCUUCAAGUGAAAAGUCUUCUGUGAAGAAAUCUUGGUCAAUUCAGCAGUCAGCCACUAAGUUUGUUGCUAACCAGUUGCGAAGUUCAGAAGGUCAUGCCGACGCCGAUAUCUCUGAAGUUCUUCAGUCGUCUUAUGUUGCCUUGAUGGAGCUAGUACUCUUACAACUCCAGACCCUAGGAAAGAGUGCCAGUAUAUCCAGCGCUUUAAAGAAAGAUUGUCAAGAUACGGCAUGUUUCUUGUUGGACAAUCUUACUCAUUUGAUGGCGUCUUCGGAAUACAUCAAAGGCAUCAGCUUCUUGCUCACGCACUCAGAUUCAAGCAUACGAAGAAAGGCCCUACGUAUGUACGCAACAAAGUUGAAGGAGCAAGAGGUACCUAAGCGGAUGAGGCAAUCUAGACAGAAGCAGGCUUCUGGAAAGGUUACCAAUGAAGAUUCUUUCACAAAGGAAGAGCUUGAUAUUCGCGUCCAAAUUGUCAAGGAUAUCACAGAUCUUCUCUCUGGUCCUAAAGAGGAGCAGAGUGUCAGUGCAAAGAUCGCUGCCAUUGAUGCCCUGGAUAUUUCUGCACUCAAAUUUGGAGGAAGAGUUCCAGAGAUCUUCACGACAGCAUUGUCAGCUCUUAUUAAAAACUUCCAAUCUCUAAAUAGGACUCUUAUUGCUGCGGCUUUGAGAUGUGUGUCCACAAUCUUAGCUCAGUUGGGUCCCCAAGCUUUACCUGUUCUACCGGACACUGUGAUGGGUCUUUUUGAUGUUGCAGACAAGACGCUUGGCCAACCACAGAAACCACUGUCCACAGCUGACGACCAUGAAGAUUUAGUAUCAAGUGGCAGCGAACAAUCUGACCUUCUGCUUGCAAUCCUCCUCUCCAUUGAAACCUUACUGGACAAGCUGGGAUCUUUCCUCACUCCCUACUUGUCAAAGAUAGUCGGUCUUGUUGUCUUGCAGCCCUCCUUGGUUACAGGUUCUGUAGUGGAAAUUAGUAAGAAGGCCGAGGAUGUACGACUUCUGAUUCCAACAAAAUUGCCGGCUCGUCUCCUUUUGGAUCCUCUCAUGAGUGUAUACAACAAGGCUGUCGAAGCGGGCGAAGAUUCGACUUGUGCUCUCUUUGAUAUGCUUGGGGCAAUGACAUCAAAGUUAGACCGUUCCUCAGUUGCAGCAUAUCACGCCAAAAUUUUUAACUUCUGUUUGGCAGCAUUUGAUCUCCGCCGCAACUCUAUCCAUUUCCUCCCGAAUAUUUCACGGGUUGAGAACUCCGUAGUGUCGGCGAUAGUGUCCCUGGUCAUGAAAUUGAGCGAGACCUCAUUUAAACCAUUGUUUGUGAAAGUUCUGGAAUGGGCCGAAUCUGAAGAGUCCACAGGAGUUUCCGUGGCGGGCAAAAGCGUCGACAGAAAUAUCGUUUUCUACAAGCUCGUAAAUCAGCUGGCUGAAAAGCUCAGGUCUGUUUUUGUCCCCUACUUUCAGUACCUCCUAAAUGGAUGUGUGCAAUAUCUCAUGAGCGGAACAAUCCCACAAAAGCCGAAGAAGAAGAAGAAGAAACAAGUAGAAGAACUAUCAGCCAGUUCUUCAGAAUGGCAUCUCCGGCAAUUGGUUCUUUCAUCUUUGCACAAGUGUUUCUUGUACGAUACAGUGGGCUUUUUGGAUACAGCUAGAUUUGAGCAAUUAUUAGAGCCUGUCGUGACCCAAAUUGGCGUGGACCCACCGACGGCACUCUCAACUACAAAGCACGUCCCUACUGUAUCGGAAAUGGACGAUACAAUUGUAUCUUGCUUGGGCCAGAUGGCCUUGACCGCAGGAAGCGAUCUCUUAUGGAAACCUCUGAAUCAUGAGGUCUUGAUGAAAACACGCAUGAUCCAUGAGAGAUGUCGUCUGCUGGGCUUGCGUGUCGUGAAGUUCCUUGCUGAGCACCUGAAGGAGGAGUAUCUCGUUCUUCUUCCAGAAACUAUACCAUUCCUUGCUGAGUUAUUGGAAGAUGAGGAACUUACAGUGGUCGCGAAGACACAGGAGGUGGUGAAGCUUUUGGAAGACUUGAGCGGUGAAGAUCUAGCUCAGUACUUUUAGAAGUACUGAGCUAGAUCUUUCAUUGUUCAAAUAAUUAAUAUAUUCUCGUUCAGUAUGUAGAUGAAGUGUUUCCCAAGCUGCUGAGUACGUAGGAGAAUCAGCUCUCCCUUUUAUGUGUAACUGUUCCAAUUUCUCGCUUCAAGUUUUCUUCCAUUGAAGCGAGUAUUGUUGUGCGAUAUCGAAACAUGUUUCCCCGAGCUGGGAAGUCACUUCCUCCAAUUACGAUUCCUGGGGAGGACUCUUACGGUUUUUAGAUUAUAAUGGAUUCAAGUACUACGUUGAUGUGCAUUGAGAAAGGAAGAAGCAUGUGUAUCCAACCAACGAAGCGUAGGCUAAGAUGUCCUGGCCAAUAUUCCCGAGUAUCAGUGUGGGUGGCUACCAUUGAGAAAAGCCUUCUCUUUCUUAGUGGAUGUGUGGAUCUCCAUUUGAUAUCACGUUAAUCGCCCGAUCUAUCUUCAUACAAAUUAAAAGUAAGCCAU